GCAGCCGGCGGAGGGGUUGGCGGUGGGACAGGCGGUGCUGCGGGCGGCCGGCCGGCAUGGCGGCCUCUGGUCUAGAGGAGCUGCAGCUGAGCCGCGACGAGGUGGAGCGCUUCUCCCGGGCGCUGAGGGACGAGAAGUUCAGGCAGCUGCUGGGCGAGUACGCGGAGGAGAUCUCCAAGCCGGAAAACAAGAAGAAGUACGAGGAGGAGAUCACGCAGCUGGAGAGGGAGCGGGGGGUGGAGGUGAAGUUCGUGCACCCGUCGCCGGGCCACGUCCUGAAGAGCAGCGCCGGCGGCGACAAGAAAUGCUUCGUCAACGUGUGCAGCAACGAGCUGAUCAACAAACCGUCCUGCCAGGCGGCCAGGGCCACGGGCGGCGGCGGCGGCGGCGGCAGCGGGGCUCCGGGACAGCACUGGGCGCUGCCCUACAGCCUCACACCCGCCAGGGAGGACGUGGGCCCAGGCGGCAGGAAGCACCUGAUCUACGACGUGGUCUUCCACCCCGACACCCUGUACAUGGCCGACAGGAACAAGAGGUUCCGGAAGAUGGUGGACGGCGUGGCCCUGGACGCGGUCGAGAAGCAGCUGGAUGCGAAACUUGACAUGAAAAACGUCAAGACUUUGAAAAUGAAGUACAAGGGGCUGCCCCACGCGGCUGUGAUCCGCACACCUCUGCCCGGCGGCGCCAAGGAGAUUCCUGAACAAGAAGGAGAAGAAGAAGGAGACGGACCUUUCAAGUUUCCUUACCCCUACGAUCUUCCCAAAUCGGAAGAUGCUUCGCGAAGUGAAGCCAAGGAGAACAGUACAACGGAGAGAUCAAACGCGGCUGGAAAAGACACGAAUAAGAAAACACCAGAGAGCAAAUUUACCCAACCGAAAUACUCCAUUGUUUACCGAUCAACUUUCGACAUGCAGGAUUAUCGACAUGCCCGUGACGCUGUCCCCAGCACCAGACCCAAACAACUGGUGGUUACUAUCCACCUUCCUCUGCUUAACUCGGCCGAGAGUGCUUGUUUGGAUGUGACCGAGAAAUUGCUAUGUCUGGAGUCGCAGAAACCUGCUUACAAGCUUGACUUGGCCCUGCCGUAUCCAGUAGAUGAAAAUCAGGGGUCGGCUAAAUUUAACAAAUCCAAGAGACAGCUUGUGGUUACAUUGCCUGUUAUUCCUGCAAAGCCAGAGCUAGAAGUGGAAAAUAAUCAUAAUGGUGAUUUUGAGCCAGCAAGGAAGGACAGCGAUUCCAUGGAGAAUGAACCGUCACUGCUGAACCCAGCAUUAAAUCAGGUAGAAGAUUGCAUUCAGAAAAAUACAGAAAAUGAUACAGCUCGUAUAAAUUCCGAAGAUGGGUGUGAAGAUUCCAAUUGGGACCCAUCUCAAAAUAAGGAGCACCUUGAAGUGAGUCACAUUGCAGCAUCUGAUGCAUCAGGUAUUAAAGUAACUCCAUCGAUUUCAUGUCCAAAUGAUGUGAGUGACCCCCAAAUUGUUUCCGAGGUGGAUUCUGAUGGACAUCAGAACCUCCCUGAAGAGGCUGCAGUAUCUUCCCGUGAUAACAUUUGCAUGUCUUUGGAAAACCGAAGCAGUAGUACUGAGGGUGGACAAACAAAUGAGCAUUCACAAGUAAAUUCAUCUGCAAAUGCUAAAUGCGGCUCAGAAGGCUCUUUGAAGGAAAGUGAACCAGUGUGUCCUGAUUUCCAUUCCCAUCAGGAUGAAAGCACUGUAACAUUUAUACUGCUAGUGAGAAAUAUCAAAGAAAAUAGUUUGACGUCUGUACUUCAAACCCACGAUUAUCACAUCAGCUUUGGGACCACAGACUCCGAUUCCUUAUAUUCUUUGAUUAUUCAGUUUCCUUCUGAUUAUCAGCUGAACACCGAGGAAAGUGUACUAAACGUGUCGGAAGACAAUGCAGUGGUGGUGUUAAUAAAGUCACUUGAGAGUCGAGGCUUGUGGCAGAGCUUUUGUGCCGGACAUACAUACAACUCAUUGCAGAACAAGUUGUUUGUGACUUCUGAAAAUGCUGAUCAAUUCCUGAGUACUUCUUUGAAGGAUUCAGUCCCCAACGAUGCAGCUGAAGAAUGUUCAGCAGAGUUGAGUGUGUCAGAAGUCCAUGAAAGUGGUCUUGUUAUUUCCUGUAAGUUUCAGCAACAGGAAAAUGAUGAAAUCAACUCUGAUGCACGUGAUCUGAAUCACAGCACACCUUGCAGUACUCCAUCAAAUACUCAGCAACAUGGAGAAGAAAUCCACUUCACUGAAUCUAUUGCAAGUGACAGAGAAACAGAAAAGGAGACAUCUUUGGCAGACGAUGGUGUGGAAUGUGUACCUAGUCAAAGAGAUGAAUUGGCUACUCUAUCGGGGAAUUGUGAUCAUUUUGCCCAGCUCCACGGUUCAUCAGAAGGAAGUGUAAUAAUCCCAACGACUCAGAUGGAUGCGUUGUCUCUCAGCAGCUGCAUGAAUCCUGCUGAUGAGAAGAAGCUGUCUGUGUGUGCAAAGGUGGAGGCUGGUAAUGAUGAACUUCUUGAUGAAGAUGACCUUAUAUCUGAGCAAAUGGACAGCAACGAUCCAAAGUUUGUUAAACAAAUGGCUCCGCUCCAGAUUCUGGAGGAAGUUAAUCCUACUGAUAAAAGUAUGGAGAUUAUAUAUGACCAUACAACACAUUCUGCAUUCACCUUUCAAAAUCCUGAACUUUUUCAAUUAGAUUAAAUAAAUACUUAUUUUGUUUCUUAAUAUAUCAUAAAAUUAUAGUUGUUGUACAAUAAAAUGUAACAGUUUAGACUUUUAUACCAGUUGUGUUAUUCUAGAAUUUUAAACGAUGUUGCGUUAUAGACUGAUUUCUUAAAUGACAUAAAAUUUAUGACACAAAAGGAGACCAUUUGGCCCAUCCUGUCUGUCAGUCAAAAAAAACAACCAACAAUGACACUUUCCAGCACACAAUCGUAACUCCACAGGUCACGGCUCAUCACGACACAUCCAAGUACUUUAUAAAUAUGAUGAAGGUUUCUGUCUCUACCAUCCUUUAGGCAGUGAGUUCCAGACCCCUACCACAUUUGAUUAUAAAGUUUUCUCCAUCGCCAUAAAAUCAUACUGCAGAGAAACAAGCCCUUCAUCCUCCGUCGGAUUUGCCUAAUACCUCAUCCCCAACAAUUCCCCAGAUUCUACUUCAUUACAAUCCAGGGGUUAUUUAAAAUGGCCAAUUAACCUACCAACACACUUCUUUAGAUGUGGAAGGAAACCAGACCACCCUCGGGAAUCCCACAUGAUCAGGGAGGAUGUGUAAACUGGAGAGAGAAUCGGAAGUCUGGAUUGAACCAAGGGUGGUGGAGCUGUAAUGCAGCUGCUCUACUAACUGCAACCCUGUGCCCUUUCACCCCUCUGCUAAGGAAAACAGCUCUUUCCCAUCUACUCAGAAUCUUGUAUUUAAAUUUUCCAGUCCUGGCAACAUCCUCAUAAAUCUCGCUUCUUCUAUGCAAUUACAUCUUCCCUGCAAUGUGGUGAUCAGAAAACAAUACAUCGUCUAAUUCCAGUUGUCUAUAGUGCAUAACUUUCCUGCUCUUGUAUUCUACACAUUUUUAACCACCUAUUGAUCUGUUUUGCUAUGUUUAAGGAUUUACAGGCGUACAUUCCAAGGUUUCCUACUUGAUACAAUAUCUUGCCGUGUACCUUGUAUUCUCUCAUCUUCUUACAACUCUAUUGCAUUACUUGACGUCUGUCUGUUAUUUUAUUUUUGCCACUUUUUCUGUCCACUUGACCAAA